AUGCUAUCUGUUUUCCAUCCUCGUCAAGUUUUUCAUUCUUUUAUGUUGGUUUUCAGCAUUCUUUGUUUUGGCUUUACUGCGUUCUGGCUUUCAUUCUUUCUUUCUUUCUGCUUUCCAUUCUAUCUUUCUUUCUUUCUUUUAUUGCAAUUCUUUUCUUUCUUUCUUAAAUUUUCUUUGUCUUUUCACGCUUUUCCAUUCUUUCUUUCCAACGUUCAUUUUUUUAUUUUCUUCUCACCCUUUUCCAUUCUUUCUUGCUUACAUUUUUUUCCGUAUUUUUUUCAUUUUGACCUUUCUCUACCUUUUCUUUCUUUCUUUCUUUCUUUCUUUCUUUCUUUCUUUCUUUCUUUGAAAUUUCCCUCUCCGUUUCUCUGUUUCUUUCUGUUUUUCUUUAUUUUGAAACCAUCAUCUUUGUUGCUGUUCUUACUUUAUGUUAAUUUCUUUCUAUCUUUCUCUUUUUUCUUUAUCUCUCUUUCCUUCUUUCUUUCUGUCUCUUCAUUUCUUUUCACUCUUUCACUCUCUCUUUCUUUCUUUCUUUCUUUCGGUCUUUCUCUCUUUCUUUCUUUUUCUAUUUCUUUCUUUCUUUCUCUUUGUUUCGUUUUCUCCGUCUCUCUCUUUCUUUUUCUCUCUUGCUUUCUUUCUUUAUUUAUUUUUCUCUUUUUCUUUUUUUUACCUCUCUUUCAUUUUCUUUCUUUCUCCCUCUUUCUUUCUUUCUUUCUUUUACUCUCUUUUUUCGCUCUUUCUCUCUCUCUAUCUCUUUCAUUCUCUCGUUUGACCAUUACCAUUCAGCACAAUCUAUCUAUCUAUCUAUGUCAUUCUAUUCAUAUCUAUCUAUCUAUCUAUCUAUCUAUCUAUCUAUCUAUCUAUCUAUGCCAUUCUAUUCAUAUCUAUCUAUCUAUCUAUCUAUCUAUCUAUCUAUCUAUCAUUCUAUUCAUAUCUAUCUAUCUCAUUCUAUUCAUAUCUAUCUAUCUAUCUCAUUCUAUUCAUAUCUAUCUAUCUAUCUAUCUAUCUAUCUAUCUAUGUCAUUCUAUGUCAUUCUAUCUCAUUCUAUCUAUCUCUAUCUAUUCUAUCUAUCUAUUCUAUUCUAUCUAUCUAUGUCAUUCUAUUCAUAUCUAUCUAUCUCAUUCUAUUCAUAUCUAUCUAUCUCAUUCUAUUCAUAUCUAUCUAUCUAUCUAUCUAUGUCAUUCUAUUCAUAUCUAUCUAUCUCAUUCUAUUCAUAUCUAUCUAUCUAUCUAUCUAUCUAUCUAUCUAUCUAUCUAUCUAUGUCAUUCUAUUCAUAUCUAUCUCAUUCUAUUCAUAUCUAUCUAUCUAUCUAUCCUCAUUCUAUUCAUAUCUAUCUAUCUAUCUCAUUCUAUUCAUAUCUAUCUAUCUAUCUCAUUCUAUUCAUCCAUCCAUAUCUAUCUAUCUAUCUAUCUAUGUCAUUCUAUUCCACAUAUCUAUCUAUCUAUGUCAUUCUAUUCAUAUCUAUCUAUCUAUCUAUCUAUCUAUGUCAUUCUAUUCAUAUCUAUCUAUCUCAUUCUAUUCAUAUCUAUCUAUCUAUCUAUCUAUCUAUCUAUCUAUCUAUCUAUCUAUCUAUCUCUGUCAUUCUAUUCAUAUCUAUCUCAUUCUAUUCAUAUCUAUCUAUCUAUCUAUCUAUAUCUAUCUAUGUCAUUCUAUUCAUAUCUAUCUAUCUCAUUCUAUUCAUAUCUAUCUAUCUAUCUAUCUAUCUCAUUCUAUUCAUAUCUAUCUAUCUAUCUAUCUAUCUAUCUAUCUAUGUCAUUCUAUUCAUACCUAUCUAUCUAUCUAUCUAUCUAUGUCAUUCUAUUCAUAUCUAUCUAUCUAUCUCAUUCUAUUCAUAUCUAUCUAUCUAUCUAUCUAUCUAUCUAUCUAUCUAUCUAUCUAUCUAUCUAUAUCAUUCUAUUCAUACCUAUCUAUCUAUACAUACAUACAUGCUUACAUAUCUAUUACUUUAUCUAUAAAAUUACUAUCUGCCUCUGUUCAUAUGUAUCUAUAUAUCUAUCUCAGUCUGUUCAUAUCUAUCUAUCUAUACAUACAUGCAUUCAUACAUACAUACAUAUCUAUCUCUUUUAUAAAAUUACUAUCUGUCUUUCUGUUCAUAUCUAUCUAUCUAUCUAUCUAUCUAUCUAUCUAUCUAUCUCAGUCUGUUUAUCUAUCUAUCUCAGUCUAUGA